AUGACGACGCUUUCGGGCCCAGAACGGCCUGAUCUGCUGAAGGGCGAGUUUCUCCACGACAUAUUUCUCCUAACGGCCACACGCUGCCCGAAUAAAGUGGCUCUUCGUUGGCAGGAUGAGGAGAUCACUUAUCGUCAACUACAUCAACAAGCUUGGCAAAUGGCCAUCGCACUACGUGAGACAAGACAGAUUGGUCCGGGUAGUAUUGUGGGCAUUUGGCUUUCCCGUUCGCCUCAGUUGCACGCGACAAUCAUCGCUGUCUUGAUGACGGGUGCAAGCUAUGCUCCAUUCGAUGCGGAUACCCCACAAGAGCGUGUGAGCGGAGUACUCUCAGAUGUUGAGGCUGUUCUUCUCCUCGUCGAUUCCCGAACUCGUAUCAAUCAUCCGUUGGCUCUCAACAUUCAGACUUUGAGCGGAUAUAAGGCGAUCGCUGCAGAUGGCGAUCUCUCAGUGGACAUCGGUGCAAAUUCAGCAGCCUAUAUCAUCUGUACUUCGGGUUCAACCGGAAAGCCCAAAGCCAUUGCCAUCAGUCAUCGCAAUAUCUGUCAUUUUUUGCGGGCUGACAAUGAAAUUAUGCAAAUCAGACAUGAGGAUAUCGUCUAUCAAGGAUCUUCAGCAGCCUUCGACACGUUUCUCGAAGAGACCUUUCUCGCCUAUCUGGUUGGAGCAACUCUCGUGAUCGCCUCAAAAUCAGACGUGCUGAACACUGAUCGUCUUCAUUUGUUCUUUAUCCAUCAUUCAAUCACCGUGCUUUUCUGUGUGCCCACCUUAUUGCUGCUCAUAAAAAACGAUCCGGCGCUCAAACUUCGUCUGAUUAACGCUGGCGGUGAAGCCUGUCCACGGACAACUGUUGCCGCCACAGCUCUCCUCCUGCAUCCGGGCAAACCAAUCAGCAUUGGCGUACCGUUACCAAACUAUGUGUGCUGUCUUCUGGACGAGACGACAGGCCAGCCGACCACGUCGAAUACGGGUGAACUGUGCGUUCGUGGACCGGGUGUUGCUCUGGGUUACGUACGUCAAAAUUCGUUAACAAGAGAAAAAUUCACCCAGUACGGUUAUCGCACGGGUGAUCGAGUGACAUUUGACAAAGGACAAAUCUUCUUUCACGAGAGAAUCGAUUCUCAAGUCAAACUACGUGGAUUUCGCAUUGAGCUCGAUGAAAUUGAACAGGAAUUACUUAGAUUGGGCGAUGAUGUUCAGUCGGCCGCCGUAGCCGUUCUAAAUCAACAACUCGUUGCCUUCAUCGUCGGCCAAUUGACGGAAUCGCGUAUGCGAGAAACACUCGGACAACGGCUACCCCGCUAUAUGGUACCGGAUCGAUUGAUCAAGUUAGAUGGGGCGAUGCCUCGCUUAGUUAGCGAGAAGAUCGAUCGUAAAGUUCUCGCCACUUUAUUCUCAAGAGACGACGCGGAGAAAAUGAAAGCUAGUCAGACAAGAAUUGAUAUGGAUGGGCGUACGCCCAUCCCGAAAAGUGUUGGCCACAAUCCGCUCGAUAUCGUCCUUGGCGCCUUUCAAAAGAGUUUUUCACAUAUUCAACCGAAUGAGAAUGACGAUUUCUUUCUUGAUCUCGGUGGCCACUCAUUGACUGCGGCACUCACAAUCACUAAACUACGCGAAUCAUUCCCCGACAUUGCUCUGCAAGAUUUGUACGAAUGUAAAACGGCAGCGAAGCUCGCGGAACUUGUAAUGAUAAAAUACAACAACAACGUCGAAACAAUUCCUGUUUCUGCUACUAUUCGAAUCAAGCCAACGUGGACGACAUCUCUUCUCUGUAGUACAAUUCAAGCUCUCGUUCUCGUCGUUCUCGCUGGUGUUGCCGCGCUCGAACUUCUCCUACCUUAUAUUGUCUUCGGCCUAGUUCUGGAUCUCGGUGGUAUCGGCUAUGCGUUUCUCGUUGCAUAUGGGACAUUUGUGGUCGUACCUCCUUUUCAGUGUCUUCUAGCUAUUAUAAUCAAAUGGACUGUCAUUGGUAGGUAUGAAGAGGGCGAUUUUCCUCUGUGGGGCGCAAUGUAUUUACGAUGGUGGACCGUUGAACAGUUCAAAAAUCUGGCGGCAUCUCAGCUUUUGUCUCAUACGCCGCUGAUGGCUAGUUACUAUCGAUUACUCGGCGCGAACAUAGGUCGAAACGUUCAUCUCGGUCAAAUCAACUGUUCGGCUACGGAUCUUUUGGAGAUUGGCGAUGAAACAACCAUAUCAUCAGAUGUGAACAUUCAAACGGCCUUUGUCGACGACUAUACGCUCAAAUUUCGACGCAUAUACAUUCAACGUGAUGUUUACAUCGGUGGAUGCAGUGUUCUUGCCGGACAGACAACGAUGGAAGAUCAUUCAGAAUUGGGCGAUAUGUCCUUUCUUCCUU